AUGUCGCUGGCAACUUCUGACUCAGUGAAAGCAAAGGAGCUGAGCUGCGGGCAGCAGCCGGAGACAAGGAUGAGCGGAAAGAAGCAGUGUUCAGCUGCAGCUGCGGGCUGUGCAUUGCUGGUUGCGGGAAUCACCCGUACCACGAAGCUUCUAGCAUCUGUCGUUGGCAUAAUUGCAUCCCCGUUGCUCCGCCAACAUCGUCCCAAAUCACAGACGUUCUCACCCACUGAAGCUGAUUUCGAAUCACUUCUGCAGCAAUAUCAUCGCCCAACAUUGAUGGAAGUUGCUUCGUCAUAA